AUGACGCACAAAGUCGCCGAAAUAAGGCAGAGAACCUCGAGACGCCGUGGCAGACGCUGGUACGUCCUGAAGGUGCUCGACGUGACUGGAGAGCUGAAACACAGUCUUCGUUCACAUCUUGGGCAAACCAAGGACCCUCCUGCCUGCAGUUACUCGGUGGAAGAGCUUCAGACCAACCAGAACCAGCAAGAACCAGCACACAGACCCACACACAGAACAGCACAGACCCACACCAGAACCAGCCACACAGACCCACACCAGAAACCAGCCACACAGAGCCAGACCAGCACACACCAGACACACCAGAACCAGCCACACAGACCCACACCAGAACCAGCCACACAGACCCACACACAACCACCAGAACCAGCCACACAGACCCACCCCAAGAACCAGCCACACAGACCACACCACCAAGAACCAGCCACACAGACCACACCAGAACCAGACAGACCCACACCAGAACCAGCCACACAGACCCACACCAGAACAGCCACACAGACCCACCACCAGAACCAGCCACACAGACCCACACCAGAACCAGCCCACACAGACCCACACCAGAACCAGCACACAGACCACACACCAGAACAGCCACACAGACCCACACCAGAACCAGCCACACAGACCCACACCAGAACAGCCACACAGACCACACGCAGAACCAGCACACAGACCCACAACAGAACCAGCCACACAGGACCCACCAGAACCAGCCACACAGACCCACACCAGAACCAGCCACACAGACCCACACCAGAACCAGCCACACAGACCCACACCAGAACCAGCCACACAGACCCACACCAGAACCAGCCACACAGACCCACACAGAACCAGCCCACACCCACACCAGAACCAGCCACACAGACCCACAAGAACCAGCCACACAGACCACACAGAACAGACAGACACCAGAACCACCACACAGAACCCCCACACCAGAACCAGCCACCACAAGACCCACACCAGAACCAGCCACACAGACCACACCAGACCAGCCACACAGACCACACCCACACAGACCCCCCACCAGAACCAGAACCACCACAGACCCACACCAGAACCAGCCACAACAGACCCACACCAGAACCAGCCACACAGACCCAACCAGAAACCAGCCACACAGACCCACACCAGAACCAGCCACACAGACCCACACCAGAACCAGCCACACAGACCCACACCAGAACCAGCCACACAGACCCACACCCAGAACACCACAUCAGACCACCAGAACCAGCCACACAGCAAGCACACAGACCACACAACCAGAAACCAGCCACACAGACCCACCAGCCACACAGACCCACACCAGCAGCACACAGACCCCCACCACCAUGA